AACUGUCUGCACUCAGAUGAAGAAAGAAGUACGAAGUACAAAUUCGUGAGACAUUACAAUUCUUGAGCUUCAUCUUCCUUCAAGAUGAUUCCAGGAUCAAAUGCACUGCCGUUCUUCACGUUGGUAUUCGGGAAUGCUCUGGGUGCCCAAAUCAACUUCCUAGCCCGGCUGAAAGAACGUCUUAAUCUCCGUCAAGUGUAUUCGGAGGAGGAAUGUGCCGUUAUCAUUGCUUUUGUCGUCAUUCAGUCUCGGGCUGGAACGGACAUUGAAGCUGCUCUUGAAAGGAUUCAGGCGGGUCGGCCUGUUAUCCUCGUGGUGCUACACCACACAUUUGAUCCAAAUUACAUUGCUCCAGACAGCAAAUGGUGUGUGAACAGGGAAGGUGUGUUUACCGUGGAUGUUCUCUUUCAUGAGGAUGAAGGCCUGUUGAGAAGCUUGCACAACGACAUGGCGCUGAAACGUACCACUGACCAUCUGAUCUCUCUGAACGCUUCACCGCAUCCUGAACCAGAAAACGGGUGCAGAAAAUAUCCCUGCUGGCUGAUCGCACUCCUCAUUAUUCUUUGUUUUAUUUGCGUACUUAUGGUAAUCCCUGUGUCAUUUUUUGAAUAUUUUAUGAACAUAUAUUUUAUUAGUUUUAUUUUUUUGUUGGUAUUAUUUUUCUUUUUGAGGUCAAAGGGAGAAAGACAAGACUAAAAGAUACAAAUAGAUACACAGCAAAUUCCUCAGUGUUGAAUUAACACUUUCAGAGUUAAUUUGUGUCCAAUUGGACCUAUAUAAACACAGUAGGGUGUUAAAUCAACACUCUGGGUGUUAAUUCAACACUGGGGAUUUUGCUGUGUACACAAGAUAUACAAAACAACCAGAAAGAUAACAGAAAGAAAACCCCAAGACUGACGAGGAAGACAAAAAAAAGAAAGACAGGACAAACUAAACAGACAAUAACAAAAAAAAUCCCACAAUACUCAUACAGUGAUCAUAUACAGUAAAUGUAAAAAUCAGAGCAAAACCCCAUCAUCCCCCAGCUGUUGGUGGAGCAGGCAGGUGCUAACAUGGACAUGGCAACCACUGACAGGCGCACACCACCAUACCCAGUAGUCCAGAUGGGCCGACACAGGGCAGCACACGCACCGGGGAAGCCAGGCGCCAGCUCGCAGCAUUGUCCUCACUCUGCAUUAUAACUACCUCAGGCCACUUCUCCAGCCAUGACUACCGUCAGCUGCCAGAUGGCCUGCAGUGUGCAGGACACAGAUGAUGCUCUGGGCAUCAGCACCCUCCUCCAGGAGCAUUUUUACUGUGGCCAGGUGACCACACCAAGCUGCUAGGCAGGAAGCUGUGCACAACUGAGCUGUAUAUUCUUGGAUAUCAGCACUAUGCUUCAGCAGCAGGUGCCUAAUAUUUGUGUGGCCUGUCUAGGUCACAACAGUAGCAAGCAUAAGUCUGGGCUAAUCUGCUGCACGCUGGCACCCAGCCCCACCAGUCCAUGCGCUGCCCCGCCUCAGCCCGCAUGAGCAACCACACGUGCCACCAGUGGCUGCUGCGCCCAGCCAAUAGCCAACAGCCAACAGCGGAACGUCAGCCAGGUUAAAACUGCAAUUGUUGAUAAGUAGAUUUUUUUUCUUUCCCCUUCCCCCCAUUUUAAAUUAUGUAUACAAUUUAGAUAUGUAUAGUAUGAUAUUAUGACAGACAGAGAUUAUCUGGAUAGAUAGUGACAAUAAAGACAAUAACAAAGGUCAUCAGAGUGAAAUAUCAGGAAAUAUUCUAUACACAUUCACUGGAUAUGAGCAAUUGCGCGCUCUGAUUGGCUACUCUACGACUAGGCUAUCAGCUCAUAUACCAUGAGGAGAGAAAAACAAAAUGGCGGACCGUGUUGCUGAACCAACUGAGGAUGAAAUAAAAACUCUCCUUGAAAACAAAACCUCAAAAAUACAAAAAAUGCAACAAAAUAUGGAAUGAAAGUAUUUGAUGGUAAGAACGUAUCUUUUUUAUUGUUCAAGAAUUAUUAUAGCAUUUUUCACAAAUUGCUCCUGUCAUUUCACCAGUUUGUUUACAUUCUAAGUGGAAAUGAUUUUGUCGGAUGUUUUGUAUAAAGUUUUUAUUUAUCAAAUUUGCAAAAAAUAAAAAUAAAAAUGCUCUGUUUCUCAAAAUCCAGUGAAUGUGGAUAGAAUAAAACAGUUAUUCCACUCAACCUCGUCGUACAUGGCUUAUAGACAACUCAGUGCUAUGCGCCUCAUCAGCUAUCAGCUCAUGUAUGACUCGAUUUUGUGGGAUAACUGUUAAAUAUGUCACUGACAUCCGCGAUGUAUUUCAUAUGAAAAAUGAGAGUUUUUCAGCACAAGAAGAUCAAAUUCAUAUGUUCAAGUCACUGUGUGAUUUUCUUUUUAUUAUAUCAACACAUUCACAAACAAAAACUACCAAAUUUAUCAAAACAAUUCAUUGAUUUCCUCACAAGUGACAAAUAGAGAUUUAUGUCACGGUUUUGGUUCUCCAUGUCCCGGAUGGAGCUCAUAUGAAAAAUACAAGUGGUGUAUUUCCCAGUGAACACUCCCAUCCAUAUAAUAUAUACACAUACAUACACAUACUCACUGGCCACUUUGUUAGGAACACCCAUACGCCUGCUGUUUGAUGCAGUUCUCUCAUCAGCCAAUCCCUUGGCAGCAGCAUGAUGCAUAAAAUCAUGCAGAUACCAAUCAAGAGCUUCAGUUAAUCUUCACAAUGUUCAAAUAUCAGAAUGGGAAACAUUGUGAUCUCAAUGUGUGACUUUCACUGCAGCAUAGGUGUUGGAUUGAGCCAGAUGGAUGUAAUGGAAACUUCUAAUAAACACUUUAGAACACUUA